UAUAAGGAGAUACACCUUCCAUAGAGAAUAAUACUACAAGCUGAUCAACCUCAUUGUGCACUCUAUGCUUCCUCAAGUUACCCCGCGAGUAACCUAGUAAUAUUAGGGAUUACCCGUGAUUUGUCACAAAAAAAAAACGAGGAAACGCACCAAGCGACUAGGCAGAAAUUAUGCGUAUAGUUCCUGUGGCUAGCUAGGUACAGAAUUCUGUCGCUUCUCCUGGUUAUGAAAGAACAUCAGUCUUCGAGUCUUGAGAGUCAAAGUCCCGAGGCAGCGGUACGGUCUUCGUACUCGUACAGAAAAGUCGACAUUAUUGUAUCGGGAAAUCAGUGGUCGGUUCUAGCUACAUCAUUUUGACCAUCAUUAAGUUUCGUAAAGGCUCACAUGAGCACAGUAGCUAGAAAGUACCUAGGUACUCUUUCGUUGAAUGGUGGCGUCACCAAACCCUUGGUAAGGCCCAUCUGAAGAGAAAGAGACUGCUCUGCUAGGAAUUCAGAGGCUCACUACAUCGUGCUGAAACAUGGAGACUUUUUCUAAGGUACUGGUUGAUUCACAGUCCGUUGGGACGAUUUCACCAUUUGAGCAUCGCGCUUUCCUUUGAGUAAAAUUCCCUCGUCAUCGCUUCCCUGCCAUGCCACAUUCGAACAAAAUCAACAUCAUCAGUAACAAAAAGAAAGCCUUAGGGAUGUCUGACGACGCCAAUAAAGGCAACAGCCAAAAGAAUGUUGUCUCAAAAAAGGCCAACGCGGCCCUCACCUCAACUCAACAACCAGUUCUAACUCUCACCACUGUCCCCAGAAAAGCAUCUCCAGAAGCCGACGCUUCCAUGGAACGAUUUCUCACCGACACAAUCUUCAACCUCAAUUCACGCCCAUCCCUUCCUCCCAAUACGCCUAAUGGACCGAAGUCAAAGUCUCACUCUCGCAAAGUAAGCUCUACUGGUUCCAGGUCCGUAAACGCUACCCCGGACAGACCAAGCACGAAGACUCGGUCUCCUUUCAGCUUCGUUUGCCACAAUAGAGAUUUCGAGUCGAAUUCUACACAAAAGUUAAGUGUUGUAACGCCAAUUGCCAAAAGUCAUGCCUUUUGGAGCAGGGAUAGAGAGGAGAGUCCUUGUCCAGUUGGCGCUAGAAGGAAGCUACAUGUGGGUUGGGACCAUUGGUCGCCUGUUAAGAAGCCGCGACGAGACUUGUUUGACUACAGUCCGAAAGCUUCUAGGGUUGUUGAGUCCAGGACCCUGUCAGAGAUAGAAGGACAUAGAAGUCUGGGAAUAAAACAUCUGCAGACGAAGGACGACUAUGAAGGACAGGCCAAGAAAUUCCAUAAAGGAUUGACAGAGGGCAAGGGAGGGGGAAGAGCAGACACAAAGGAAGAGAAUUUGUCACUCCUAAAAACAAAAGCAGUCGGACCUUCCCUAGAACGAAAGAAGUCCUCCGGUCUGUUGGCCGUUGACGCUCCUGGCCAUGGACAGCAAACUGAGGGUAAGAAGGCGAUUUGCUUCAAUUGUGGAAAGACGGGGCAUGAGUUUCUUGAUUGCUUGGUCAAAUGUGGCCAUUGUGGAAAGGAUGGACACAAGACCUUCUGUUGCAAAAUGCGUUAUCCAAAAUCGACAUACUCUACCAAAAAAGGAUGACGGGAGCUUUCUAGAAUGUCUUCUACACGCAAGGAUAGAUUCAUUGGAAUGAAUCUCUUGAAGCUGGAA